GUGCCUGCGACCAUCCAAUCAUAUUGUCCUCGGAAUUUCCUGACAUAUUGAGACAGAUGACCCCGAGUUUCCGACGCACAAUGCAAACUACUGCCACUUUUUGCACAAGUCCGCCAGCUUCCAGGAGCAGAUCGCGCUGCACGGCGCGAGCAUGCAGAAGAAGGUGCACCACACCUCUUGGCUGCAGUUCUUCCAGGAUGUCGUCAUCGUGCGCAUUCUCGAUGAUUCGAUGUUCAACAUGCUCAACUGCAAGCUGAGGACGACGACAACGGGCUGGGGACUCUGUCGGCUGUCAAGGAGAAGGACUCGAUGACCAUCGACAAGUGCACGCCCUCGCACAGGUCGCAUCCUGCUCGCCGCCGCCGCCGCUCGUGCAGCGCCAGCACGCACUGCUCCUGCAGCAGCUACGCAUAGUUUUGGUUGUACAACUUGGUGACGUACAACUAUAAAGUAGAUAGCUCAUCUCCCCACCACCAGCUGCUCCUCACCCUCCUCGUCGACGCGCUCAAGUACGAGUAGCAUGAUGUUCGCGAUCCUCCGUGCUCGAACGCGGAGUGUAAGUGUGACCGAAACUCGGGCGCAGUGGAGCAACAACGACGACAGAGGGACGUCGGAAUCUCGGUGGUGCUCGCUUGGCGUCGAGAGGACGCAUGGGCUCAAGGGAGAGUUUGAUGCUUGAUGGGCUCGAGGACG